AUGCUGAGUCUGUACCCAGAGUUCCCUCAGGCUGUGAUGUCCUCAGUUGCCACAUGUGGAGAGUUUGUGUUCUUGUUGGAUCAUUCUGGUAGUAUGAGUUCACCUGUGAAUCACACCAAUAGAAAUGAGACUCGCAUUAGUAGCGCCAGGGUAUGAAUGAGUGUAUUCUUAUAUAAAACCAUCAGGAAUUUCCUUCUCAUGUGGCAGCUUUCGUAAUUGUUUUUUUUUCCUUGAAGGAUACUCUUCUGCUCCUGCUUAAGAGCUUACCAGUGGGCUUCUAUUUUAACAUUUACAGUUUUGGCUCCGGAUUUGAACCUAUCUUCCCGUAAGUCACUCCUCAAAGACAGUCCAAUAAAUUUGUCCCUGAAUUUGUUGUCAAUUUCUGUCACGUAUUGAUGUAAUCACAGUAAGAGUGUGGAGUACAGCCAGAGGACAAUGGAAGGAGCUUUGAAGAAAGUUGGGGAGAUGCAGGCUAAUCUGGGAGGAACAGAGAUCCUUGACCCACUUAAACAGCUCUUCAGCCAGCCCUGCAUUCCCAAUCAACCUUGA